UUUCUGUGCUAUAGGUCUCGUUUCUAGAUUCUGUUAAGAUUCACGAGCACUCUCUUAUUUCAACGAUUUUGAAGACGAAAACAAAAUUUUAUCCUUAAAUUUGUACUGCUUUCAGCUGUGUGAAAUUGUUUUUGUAGCUGUUGUGAAAUUUGAAACAACGUUGAAGAAACUUGUAACUGCAAUGAAGAUCCGUCUUUUUCUGGAAGUAAGAAGGACUGCGACGAAAUAUCGCACCUUUGUGAUAUUACUGUGCUGUAUAGUUAUAUGGAUAUGGAUGAAAACACCAGCGAAGAAAAACAUAGUUUGUGUGAAAUUCCAAGGUAGACUCGGGAAUCUCAUGCUAGAAUACGGAUUUCUUCACGCAGUUUCCAAAUUAAAAUCAUUAAGUCCUGUCCUUCCAGAAAAUUUCGAACUCCUGAAUGUUUUCAAUAUCAGUGAUGCAACCCCAAGAUAUGUACAGGAUAGAGCAGCGGUGUGUGCAGAACUUCCCAUUCGAAUUGAGCGAUGGGGCUUGUCUUAUGAUGGGAACCUUUUCAGUGUACCUUCUGGUGAGAGUGUUCAAUUCUCUGGAUACUAUCAAUCUUGGAGAUACUGGAUCACCAUUGAGGACGAGAUUCGUGAAAUGUUUCAGUUUAAAACGUCGAUUAGAAGAAAGGCAUUGUCCGAAUUUCACAGGAUUAUGCUGUUUAUGGAAUUCGAUAUCAGUCAAGAAAAUAACAUCGUUGUUAGUAUCCAUGUUCGAAGAGGUGAUUAUGCAACUGAAGGGCAUUUAAAAUACGGCAAAAUUACCCCAAAUGCAUCGUAUUAUAUAAACGCAAUGACAUAUUUCCGCAAUAAAUAUAGAAAUGUAUUAUUCAUAGUUGGGUCAAAUGAUAUAGAGUGGUCAAAGACGGCUUUGGGCUCCGAGAGUAAUGUCUACUUCUCCACAGGACUCUCAGCAGCAGAAGAUAUGGCACUUUUGUCUCUGGCUAAUCACACGAUCAUGUCUGUCGGAACGUAUGGGUGGUGGAUAGGGUGGAUGGCAAGGGGGACAACUGUGUAUUACAAAAAUAUGUUUGUUCCUGGAUCGAAUUUCUCUAAAGAAUUCAAGGAUAAUUCUACUGUGGAUUUUGUUUAUCCGGGAUGGACUCCGAUGGAUGAAACACAAGAUUCUUGGAGAAGAUGUAUAAACUAAAAUGGUAUGUGUAAUAUCUAUAUAUAUUUAUAUUUGCCAGUGUGUUUCCUACUGAUUUCAUGUAUCUAAAAUAAAUUGCUUUACUUCAUUUUA